GCUACAUACACAUAUGUCUAAAAAUGAAGAUUGAUUAUAUGAAAGUUCUGGUUUUUCUGGUCGUGUUUGCAUAUUCAGUUUGUGGAGAUGAAGCGCCUAUUUUCCCGGCGGUGAUAACGUUUGGAGACUCGGCAUUAGACGUCGGCAACAACAAUCACCGCCAUACAACUUUCAAAGCUAAUUACGCUCCUUAUGGAACAGAUUUCAUCACUCAUAAACCCACUGGAAGGUUCUGUAAUGGCAAACUGGUUAUAGACAUUCUCACUGACAUUAUGGGCUUCCACGCUUAUCCUCCACCAUAUCUUAGCCCACAAGCUUCCGGGAAAAACCUUCUUCUUGGUGCCAGUUUUGCUUCGGCUGCAGCUGGUUACGACCACGAUGCCGCCGUCCACAAACAAGCAAUACCUUUGUCUGGACAACUAGAGUAUUUCAAGGAGUACAAAAGUAAAUUAAAUGAGUUGGUGGGUGGCAACAAAUCAGAAUAUAUCGUCAAAGAAGCACUCUAUGUAUUGAGUGCUGGCACUGCUGAUUUUCUACAGAAUUAUUAUCUUAGUUCUUCACUUAAAAAGGCAUAUACUCCUGACCAAUAUGCCUCAUUUCUUGCAUCUUCCUUCUCAAAUUUCGUCAAGGAGUUGUAUGGAUUAGGAGCUAGAAGAAUUGGGGUGACUUCAUUGCCACCGUUAGGUUGUCUUCCAGCAGCAAUUGAUUUGUUCAGAUCCCAUGAGAAAGGCUGUGUUAUUAGCAUUAAUAAGGGUGCACAAAAUUUCAAUGACAAGAUUAAUUCAUCUGCAGCAAGCUUAAGGAAACAAUUUCCCGAUCUCAAGAUUACGGUUCUUGACAUCUUCAAUCCGCUCCUUGAGAUUGUCCAAUCUCCUUCCAAGCACGGUUUUGUGGAAGCAAGAAAAGGAUGUUGUGGAGCCGGGAGUGUAAAAACAAACAGAUACUUAUGCAAGCCAGGAAGAGAAGGGAUAUGUUCAAAUGCAGAUGAGUACGUGUUUUGGGAUACAGUCCAUUUGUCUGAGGCUACCAAUCAACUUCUUGCUGAUGCUGUGCUUUUUCAAGGCCUUUCUCUUGUUUAGAUUAGUGUUUUGUUGUCUUCGUCGUCGUCGAUGUUUUUCAAUCAUGUUUCUCUUUUGCUAUUAGAUCUACUUUAUUUUUCUCGAUAAUUAUGUUUCUUUUUUUCAAUCGUGUUUGCUCUUUUUCAACCAUUAUUAUUAAAUUUACUGUCGGACAAAGUUAUUAGAUGAAUUAUUAAGUAUAAUUGAAGAAAUGAUUGAUGUUUUUA